AUGAGCUACCGGCAUGGAGAUCGAGGCUCCUCGCCCGAGCAGUCCGAGCACCCCAGGAAGCGCCAGAAGACGAGCCGGCCGGCCCUCAGCGGUGAGGAGGACAAUGCAAGUCGCGUCAAUACGGUGCGGCAGAGCAAAGCGUGUUCGAACUGCCGCAAAGUCAAGGUGAAGUGCGUCACGGCCGAGGAUGACCGGGCCGGCCGAUGUGCCCGGUGCGUCCGGUUGGACAUCGUCUGUCUGCGCCAGAAGAAGUCUUGGACGGCGGGCGACACGGUUGAGGACGAAGCUUCGCAAAUGAGCAAAAUAGCGGACCGAUAUGAAUGCGGAAACACCGUGCAGACACAAAUGACGAUUGUGAAGCUUCAUAGGGCCGUCGAGGACAUCUUAGACAAGCUCGGGAUGCCCCAUGUUGACAUGUACUCCCAGCCCACGGUCGUGGAAGCACACCAUCCCGCGCAGGAGACACGGCAGCACUCAGAAGAGCCAACAGCGGACAAGGAGACCCGCGAGCGCAACGUCUCCCCUGACCCGAUGAAAAGCCUGAUCGAGGUCACCAGGCUCAACGGGCUGCGCAGCCAGCUACGGUCCAGUAAGCUGCGGAAGAAAGGCGGCAUGCGCCGGAUGGAUUGCGACCUGGUCUCGGAGAAGAUUAUCUCUUUUCAGGAGGCCGAAGAGAUGCUCUCCCUGUUUAGGAGGAUGCAGUCUCGGCAUCUGUUUUCAGCGAGCAUAUCGCCUCAAGCGACUCUCGAGUCCAUCCGGACCUCGUCUACAGUCCUAUUUACGUCGUUGAUGCUUGUCACCUCGCUCCAUAUACCGGGCAAGGAAUCAGUCCACGAGAUGUGCCACUCUCGCUUCAUGGGGCUGGUCUCCUCUGUUAUGUUUGAUAGGUUCCUUACCCUUGACGACAUCCGCGGCCUCUGCAUUGCUGCACUCUGGCAGCCUGAUCUCAGUUGGAAACUGUCGGGCCUGAGCAUCAGGAUGGCGACCGAGUUGAAUCUCCACCAUGCUUUCUAUGAAGCAUUCAACGACGACCAGAACAGCCACGCCAUGACCGCAGAAGCAAGAAAAGAGUGCCUGGAGAAAGCUCGUCUUUGGUAUCUACUCUAUGUGCUCGACCACCAGUCUGGGAUUGCUCAUGGGCGACCGCCGAUGAAAUCCGCUCUGAGGCCUAUCAAGGACUAUGAGCUGCUCCUCAGUUCCUCAGAUUGCACUAGCUCCGAUACGGCACUAUUGGCACAGGUUACUGGCCUUGCCAUCCUGAGCAGGGCAUUUGACCACUUCGGCCUGGAACCCAAGCGAAUCAUGGCAGGCUCUGAUGACAAUGUGCUCAACCACCUUCGGUUCACAGAAGAGGUUCGAGCCUGGAAGGACAAGUGGCUAAUGAUGUCCCAAGUCCUUGAUCAACACGAAGCCGGCUCGUCGUCCCGGGCUUGCAGCGGCCACCACUCUAGAGAUGUCACUCUCCACUUCCUAUUCAGCAACCUCGUCCUCAACUCUCUAGUCCUCCGGGGCAGGCCCUUGGACAGACUUUCAGAGCUGCCUGUGCCUCUUCGACCUCUGGCAUUAAGAGCGGUAGAUACAGGGCACGCGAUCUUGCAGCAUUUCCUUGAAGAACCCAGCUACCAAGACGAGAUUGUGGGCAUGCCUUUAUACAUGCAUUCCAUGAUCGCUUUCGCCGUUGCUUUCCUAACCAAGUUAGCGCAUCGAUGGCAUGCCAUAGGGAUCACGGUAGACCCGACGACCUGCACGGAACCAUUGAUAAAGGAGAUUAUCAGACUUCUUAGGUCGUGCACCGCAGGCAAGAAUCACAUGGUAUACAGCAUGGCAGAUGGCUUCGAGCGCAUGUUGAGACAGAUGAGGAAGACACAGGCAAGGCGUCAGCAAAGCCUGGUCGGCCCGAGGUCACAUCAUAAUUCUGUUGUCGAGCCUUCAAAUGCACAGACUCAGAGGUUGACAGCUGCAUCUAAUUUGGGAGAAGCUGGUGUUCAUGCUGCUUAUGGCCCGUCCUCAGCUGGCUCAGCCGACUCACCAGACCUCUUUGCCGGGUGGAGCUUUCAGAACGAUGGGCUUUGGUCAACUGGAAUGGGCUACGAUCUGCUCGACUACAGUAACCAGUACUCACCUCCAGGUGCAGACAUUCCACAGUUCCAAGCCUACGAUGUUCAGAGCAGAGAGCCCUAUCGUUCGUUCUAA